AUGCCAAAGAGAAAGGCAUCACCUUGUGAAUCAUCUGUUCCUUCGGCAGAAGCUAUUGCGCCAAUUUUCACCCGCGUCAAGCCUUCUUUCGUCGCUGAUGCAGGUGAAAAAAAGAGCUGGCGCAUUUUGUCAUGGAAUGUUGCCGGUCUCCGUGCAUGUGUCAAGGUAUUUACUAUGGAACGAUUAAUGAUUAAUUUGAGCAGUUCAGAAAAAUGAUUUCGAAAAGAUAUUGAGCGAAAGUCCUGAUUUGAUAUUUUUGGGUGAAACGAAAUGCAACGAGUGGCCUCCGUUGAUCGAAACAAAGUUCAAGGUUUAGCAGUUUUUCUUUACCUAUGCUCGUCGUUGAAAUGAGAACUUGGAAAAAAAAAACGUCAAACUUAUGAAGACCAUGAGCCUUUCAGUUAGAAUACAUUUAUAUAAAUUAUCAGAUAUUAAGGACUACAAGAAAACGUUAGUCGCUUCGCAGAAAGGAGGUUAUGCUGGCGUAGGACUGUUAUCGAAGGUCGCACCAAUAAAAGUACGUUCCUGUCUUGAUGAAAUUUGUAUAUUAUAACUUUUUGACCUUCAUAACAGGUGAUCCAAGGGAUCGGAGACGAGGAAUUUGACAAAGAAGGUCGACUGAUAAUCGCCGAAUACAGUCAUUUUUUCUUCAUCGGCGUCUAUGUACCCAAUUCUGGUCGCGGACUCGUCAACCUUUCUAAGCGCGAACGUUGGGAGAAGAUUUUUUUGGAGAAAAUACAGGACCUCGACAAAACCAAGCCCGUUAUUUAUGGCGGCGAUUUGAACGUGGCUCACAGCGAAAUAGGUUUUUUUUUCUCUAUUUCAAAUAAUCUUCACGUUGACUUUCUUCAUUUCCAUAUUUGUGCAUAAUUAUGGUAAUCAAUUUUAUAACGGUUCUUAGGAGGAGGUUCCUUAUAUCUUUUCCUCCUUUUUUUUUAAAUUCCUGGAAAAGUUACCGCGUUUGAAGGUUUGCAAAAAUUUAAUUUAAAGUUAAUCCAUUGUCGUUUUGAAUUAGUCUUUUAAGGGUCAGUAAACUUUGAAAAGUUAAAUGGUGUGUUAGUAGCAGAGUUUCAUUUUUGUAAUUAAAAUGUGGUGACCGAUUGCGCUAAUCGAGAGCGUUGAGGUGUAUUUAACGAAACACUGGGAAGUUGAAAAAAAUUCUCACAUAAUUUUUUUAAGAAGUUGAAAUACUCUUGAAAGAUUUCCUCUUCUUCUAAAUUCUUUUCACUAUCAAUUUUUUGAUGAGUUUUAACUGUUAUCUCGAGCGUUAGAAAGAAAACGGAGUAAAUAAUGAUCAGCUGAUGUUUAGUGCUCCGAUAAUCAAAGCUGUUCUAUGUAAACAGCUGUUUCCUCAAUUUUUUUGCCUGUCAAUAUUUAAAAACAACAGGAAAGUUUUUCAUUUAAAAAAAUAAUUGAAAAAUUGAAAAUGAAAAAGGUGUUGGUUUUCAGUUUUUUUGAAAAAGGUUGGGUUUCUUCAAGUUUCAAGCCACUUUCAAAGUGUUUAGAGAACGGAAACAUGUAAUUGAAAAAAAUUCGGGUUCUCUCAUCUAGUAGCCAAUUCAAAAAAUAUUUUCGGUAUGUGUACGUUGUCUUUUUUAUCGUGACUCCGCCCCUGAAAAAUUUAGUUCACUAGAAAAACUUUUCGAAAUUCUAAGAUUAACUUCCUCUGCAGAUCUACGAAAUCCGGAAAGCAACAGAAACAAGACGGCUGGGUUCACGGAUCAAGAAAGAGGAUGGUUCACAGAUCUUCUUGCCGCAGGAUUCAAGGUAGCCUGAUAAUGUUAAAGUACGUGUUAGGGUGUCACCAAUUAUUGCUUCAAAUUUCUAUUACAUUUGAGCCCCUUCAUUUUUUCUUUUUGUUUUCUCACCAUUGGGUGUUUUUCUUACUGUCUACUGUGGACUAGUGUCAGAAAACGUUUAAACUUCUUUUUUCAGCCUAAUAACUUCUCCAGCUUUCAUCCUCAUGUGUUUGAAAAAAAAGAUCAGGGGUCAAAAUUUUCACGAUACAUCGCUCCCGAUCGAAAAAAUCUUGACACAAAAAUUUAAUUGCAUAUUUCUGAAAAAGUUUUCAGAAUGUUCUGUGGCUAAAUUUCUAAAAAUAAAUCUUGAGGACACGUUCCGAACUUUACAUCCUGACGAGAAGGCUUACACGUACUGGUCUUAUAUCGGCUCCGCGCGGGAAAACGACGUCGGAUGGCGUUUGGACUAUUACGUUGUGAGCAAUCGAAUCAUGGAAAAGGUUCACUUUGGCUUGUGAUUUCGAGUUUCACCUUUAAAACUGGAUGUUUUCAGAAAGGCUUAAAAAUAACUGUUUUUUAGAUUAUAACUUUCUUGGUUCGCUUCCUCCACGCCACAGAUCUGUCUGGGAGCGAAAUAAAUAUUUCAUUCAUCAUCAAAGAUACCUACUAGUAUAAGUACCAAACAAAGUCUUCUAGCCGAUUUUCGAAAAAAAUUUCGAAUUGCAAAAAUAAAUUAUUUCACAUAUCAACUAUCCGUAAAUAAUGUAGCCAGCAGAAAUCAAAAAUUCGAACAUGAUAAUUCUCUUUGAAAAAAAGUAAUAAAAUUAACAAACAGAAAAUUAAAGACUUUUUUCUUUGUGAAUUCAACGGUCUUUUUCAGGUCAAAACUAGUGGAAUAAUGCGCACUGUCACUGGAAGCGACCAUUGUCCUGUAAUUUUAGAUAUUACGUUUUAA